UUCUUUCUCCCCUUCUCCUGCUUGUGGCUUCUCCCUUCGGAGGGCCCUCUCCUUCUUCUUCUCCGUCCUCUUCCUCGGGCGCCAUGAACCCCGCCGGGCCGGUCCCCCCUCCCCCGGGCCAGCAGGUGAUCCAUGUCACGCAAGACCUGGACACGGACUUGGAGGCGCUCUUCAACUCGGUGAUGAACCCCACGCCCAGCUCGUGGCGGAAGAAGAUCCUGCCGGAGUCCUUCUUCCAGGAGCCGGACUCGGGCUCGCACUCGCGGCAGUCCAGCACGGACUCGGGCAGCCUGCCGGCCCGCCUCCUGCCCGGCGCCCACCCGCCGCACCACGUCCGCUCCCACUCCUCGCCCGCCUCGCUCCAGCUGGGCCUCGGCGCCGCCGCCACCGCCAGCCCGGCCCAGCAGCACGCCCACCUCCGCCAGCAGUCCUACGACGUGACCGACGAGCUGCCCCUGCCGCCCGGGUGGGAGAUGGCCCUCACCCACACCGGACAGCGCUACUUCCUCAACCAUAUAGAGAAGAUUACAACAUGGCAAGAUCCUCGAAAAACCAUGACUCAGCCACUGAACCACAUGAGCCAUCAUCCUUCAGCCACAUCUACUCCAGUGUCUCAGCGAUCCAUGGCAAUGUCGCAACCCAACCUUGUGAUGAAUCACCAGCACCAGCCACAAAUGGCACCCACUACAACCAUAUCCCAGCAGACCCAUCCUACUCCAAACCCGCAAGCUGGCUUAUUGAACAUGCCGAAUGCAUUGACUUCCCAGCAGCAGCAGCAACAGAAGUUGAGACUUCAAAGGAUCCAGAUGGAAAGAGAGAGGAUUCGCAUGCGUCAGGAGGAACUAAUGCGCCAGGAAGCUGAUUUAUACAGACAACUUCCCAUGGAGUCUGAGAACCUGGCCCCAGUUCAGACAGCUGUAAGCACACCUAACAUGACACAAGACAUGAGAUCUGUUACAAAUAACGGGUUGGAUCCCUUCCUGAACAGUGGGCCAUACCAUUCCAGGGAGCAGAGCACAGACAGUGGCCUAGGCUUAGGAUGUUACAGCAUACCAACUACACCUGAAGACCUCCUCAGCAAUGUAGAUGAGAUGGAUACAGGAGAUAAUGUAGCGCAGACUUCCAUGAACAUCAACCCACAGCAGUCCCGUUUUCCCGACUUCCUUGAUUGUCUUCCAGGAACAAAUGUUGACCUUGGGACUUUGGAGUCAGACGACCUGAUCCCCAUCCUCACCGAUGUGGAAUCGGUCCUCAACAAAAACGAGCCCUUUCUCACCUGGCUGUAACUGAUGAUGCAGAGUUUCCUUGACCUCUAGAAGUGAAGGCAAAGCAUCCUCAAGUUCCUCAGCUAGGCAACCUAUGCCUUACUGACUUUUAUCACAACCAUUUUUACGUCUGUGAAUCUUGGUCUAGAUUUCACCGGCAAGAACUUAAGUAUGAAAUAUAUGCAAAGAUACAUAUAUAAAUAUAUAUAGAUAUCUAUUUUUAAGAGUUAGGAUGACUUCUAUCCAUUUAUAGGUGUUCCUCUUUACUUACAUAGCAAUGUUUUGAGGACAUGAGAGCUCCUAUAUUUUUUGCACCAUGUCUGAACUUAGCCCUCGCUGGUUACAUCAAGUUUAACUAACCAAAAUAGAGCUGACUGCAAAAAGCUUUAUAAUGCAGAAGGCUAUUUGGUUCCAAAGAGGGUGAGCACAAACAAGUUGACUGCAGUUUUACAGUUGAACUAAACUAUUGUACCAAAUGUUUGUUAUCUAUAUAACCUGAGCUUUAAAAAAACCUUUUUAUUCUUUUUUUUUUUUUUUGCAUUAACUAAUGCUGUAUGGAUUUUGCAGCACUUUUUAAAAAAUACAGACUGGCCAAGUGCCUUAAGAUCCUCUUUUUUUAAAAAAAAACAAACUUGCAGAUGCACUGCUAUUUCCAUUUUUUCUGCCAGUUAAUGAGUAGUUUCUAUGUAACACUUUCAAACUGAAAGUGAAAUGUUUGCCUUAACUGUUUUUUUACACUACGAUAUUAUAAAAGUAACUAAAUUGGUGCACAUUGUUGGCCAAUAAACACAUACAUAUCUACAUGUACAAACACAUCAUGGAUAUUUUGUUGACACUGAAGUAUACUUUGCAUGUAAAAAUACACUACAGUUUUACAUUGGCACAUGUAAACAAUAUAAUUUUAGCUUGUGUCAAAUAGAAACUGACAGUGACACGCAAUUUCAUGAUGCAGGACAAAAAUAUGUCACCAUUUGAUAUUACUGAAUGCAGCAAAUUUUGUGUACAUUCUUGCUAUGUUGUUUUUUAAAAAAGUAAUUAUGUAUUUUGUUGAUGAAACUUUACAAUCUCGGAAUAGAAGUGUCACCUUAUCAGAGAAGUGAUAAUCCGGCUUCUUUUUGUCAGAAUGGGAAAGAUGCUGAGAUUCUUAGCCAAUGGGGUAUUUCUUCACUGGGAACCAAGGCUUUAUAUUUGUUGUACGCCUAUCAAUACCUAUCAUAUGCAUAUGAAGGGUUUUAAAAUAGCUGAUAUUUGGGACUGAGAAUGCAUCAAGGACUUCAAAUCCCCACUUCCCCUGAAAUGCAAAUGACGUCCUGAGAUCCUUUAGUAUUUUUAAUUGAUAUUAUUAUUAUUGUUGUUGUUAUUAUUAUUUAUAAUCUAUGAUUUUUAAGCUUUUUAUAUUUAAAGAAAAUCAGCUUUUUAUGGAAGGCAUUAUAAUUAAUACUAGCCUCGUAAUACAUGAGAUGCAGGGCAAGCAAGAAGCCUAGCACAUUCCUGUGCUUUGGGCUUAAUAGUAAAUUAUGAUUUAUUUUCUGGAAUUAUGAACAGUGAGGUGGAUGGGUGAUUCUCCCCCUUGUUUUCUGACUAGUUGAGGAAAAUGCAAGUGAAAUGAAAUGGACAUUUGAAGUGGCAAGAAAGGGAUCUUGGAAAGAGAAUGGCUUUAGGGGGAUUAGGGUUAGUGAGGCUGGAGUUUUAGCAAAGCUCUGAAAAGUUACUUUUUGGACUACAACUCCCAUGAUGCCAUAUUCUUGGAACUAUAUCCCAUACAAUGACUUUUCCAAGCUUUAAGUGUCAGAAAGAACUGCUUUUUCAGAGAACAACCACAGAUCUAUGAAGUACCUGUGAAUACUUUUGCGGAAAUUGUUGCUUGAAGGUAGCUGUUCUAACAGCACCGUGUUUAUUUUUAUUUUCUAUUUUCUUUUAUUUUUUUUAAACACGAGCAAUGAAAGAUCAAAAGCAAUGAAGUUCAAUAUUUGACUCAGAAAAAUCUGUUGUUUUUUUAUAUAUAUUCUUAAGGUGGGGGGGGGGGGUCUGUGGAGAAGUAGGUACUUGUAGUUUAGUUAUUACAUCUUCACAAAAUAUUUUCAGUCCAUGGGCAUUUUUCUCUCCCUUCUGCUUUAGAAGCCCCCCCCCCCUUCCAUUCACUUAACAUAUACUUUAAUUAUCAGGAGAAAAAUGUUUUUGAACAAAGUUGUUGCCGUUUCCAUUAUUUGUGGAUAUUGGAUACAUCAUGAAAAAUUGUGGUGAUAAGCAUUAUUUCACAUUAGGUCCAGGAAUUUGUUGUUCACUUCGAAGGUGCAGAAACAAGGCUAUGGUUCUCUUCUUCCAAAGAUUGUUUGGUUGUGGAGCAACCUUUUUUGACUUCAGAAUUUGUGAGCCAGUUAGUGAUGUGGUGCUGGAGGAGAGAUUUACAGAUACUAUGGACUGCCAAACAACAUGUUAAUGGGUCCAAAAGGAAAUUGAGUCGAAGGAAAUCCCUAGAAGCCAAGCUGAAAUGAUUGAACGUGUCACAAGAAGAUGUGAUUCAUUUGAAAUGAUGCUUAGUGAGGUAGAAAGAGGUAGAAAAUGGACAGACUUUAUCAAGGAAGCCACAACUCUGAGCUUGCAGCACCUUAGCUAUUGUGACUUAGCCAUCUCUCAUUUGUACAGUCACCAUAAUUCAAAUUCGACUUUGCAGCAAUUAACAACAACAGUGAUGUUUGCAGUUACCAAAGAGCAAGUUGGCCUUAUAACUUAAUUAAACCAGCAAAAAGGGUGAAUGAAAGGUGACUGAUAUAGAUUUCUUAGAUACCGUUUACAUUUGAAUUAUAGCUUGUAAAAGUUAUCUUUCGUAUUGUAUCUCCUAGUAUCCCCUGGCUAUGUUAAUUGUGGAUUCUGGGAACUAGAGACUUAAACAUACUUUUCCCAUGCCCUGAAAGAUUGAAAGGGACAAUUCCAAAUUUUAAUGUGUAUAGGAGGAGGAAACAGGAUUCUUCAUGUGCACAUAUAUAUCCUGUAAUUAUUAUCAAGCGAUGUAAAUUAUGGAAGCACCGUUCUUUCAUUCUUUUCCGGGAAGUGGUACUACAAGCAUCAGAAUUGCUUGUAGGAGGCUGAGGCUUCGAGCAAACACAAAAAACAUGAGCUCAAGCACUGAUAGCACAUUUUGCUCUCACUUCUGCUCUUUCUCCUCCCUCUAUUUUUCACAAUAAUGGAGAGAAGGAAACUUCUAAAAAGAGCCAUGUUCAAAUCAUCCUAAAGUGAACACUGGUACAUUUUGAUUCAAAAGGCAUUCUUCAUCAGGUUCUGCAAACCUAAGCACAUUUAUCUGGAAAUAAGUCCUGUUAAUCUUUGUCAGGCUUCCUUUGGAAUAGAGAUGCAGUAUAAACAAGGAGAAUUUCCACUGAAGAGUUUGGUGCCAGGGAUCUUUUGCAUUACACAGCUAUAGUGCCAUGACUCUACUUCAAUAGCCAUAGCAACAUCGUAUAGAAACCUGGGGUUUGUAGUUCAGCAAGGCACAAUUCUCUUGCUGAGAAUUGUAAAUAGUCUCCCUUAAAUUGCAAAUCUCAGGAUUCCAUAGAGGGAAGUCACAGCUGUCAAAGGGGAAUCACAAUGAUACAAUAAUACAUUAUGGCCCCUAUACUAUGAUAAAGUCUAGAAGAGUUCCCUUCUAGAAUCCCCCAAUUUUCCUGUGACUGUGAUUGAAAAGUUAGUAUGUCAAAUGCUAGGGCAAAAAGGUGCCAACUAAGCUUCGCUGCUAUUAUGUAACCUGCCAGGAUAUCUGGUGUCUUUCUCCCUUUCUCCAAAACAUAAUGAGUCAAAUGAUUGGGAAGACUGGGAAGAUGAGGACUUUUUAUUGUAACGCUCAGAGAAAUAGUGGAAACAGAAAGUCAUAACUGAUGAACUCCUUUUUUCAAGUACUUAAUUUUUUUAAAUGGACCUGCAAUGCAACAAACAAGAAGUUAUUUCCUUAUUGAAUCUAAUGAUAUUGUUUCUCUCUUGUUAAAACCUUGGUUUGUAAAACUGAUUUUAUUUCUUACACUAAACUACUUAUACUGACAAUGAAAAAUAUGCUAGUGGGAGAGAGGUGUUGUGGACUGGGAUGCAAAGUGACAACAUGGAAAGUUAUAUGAAAGUUGUGGGUUGUUGUUUGCCACUUGUUGAUCCAAGAGCACUGCUAGAGUGACGGUUUUCAGUCUGAGUUCUGGGGAACCAUGUGGCAAUGUGGAAGAAAACUGAACGUCCAUCAAUGAGAAUAUAAGCAACGAGUAGCUAGGCUUUCCUGAAAGAGAGCUUGCUAGCCACUAUUCAGUCAAAGCCAGCAUGACAUAUACUAUGGGCCUCAAUCCUGAAUAUCAAUUAACAUAUCCACCAAAGCAAUAAAACUCACCUAAGUAUUGACUUACCAUGUUCCAUUAGUUUCAUUUGCAUACCCUCCAAUAUGUCAAAGCAUAGUCAAAAUGGCAAAAAUGAUUAGGCAAGGCUGUAGCAAUUUGCUUUUGCCUAAGCUUACUGGGAAGGGCAAAAUGAUUUUAUCCUUCAUCUUUUCUCCCCAUUGUUGAGUUAACUGAGUGCAAACUAGUUUUGCAAAUGUCAAAGCAAAUUUGAAACAAAGGGGAAAAGGAGGAAGAGGAGGAGAAAGAUUCUGGAACAUUUUGAAAGCAGGAUGACAAGAGAACUGGGUUUGUCCCUCCCAGAUCAGGACAGUUGGAGGUUAUGCAAUGGAUCUCAAUGACUAGAGUGAGACCAAGAUGUUUAUGAGGAUAGGAAAGGCCCAGGUUCAAAUUUCUGCUCAGCUAUGAAGCUCCUUGGCUGACCUUAGACUUGUUGUUUUCCUCCAGCCUAAUCUACCUCUCUGGUUGGUGAAUGGGUAAAAAGAAGGGUAGUUCUAUUGUCCCUUCAAAUUUUCUGCAACACUUGAGUUCCAUGAGAGUUUUGCAGGCAAAUUCCAGCCCAACAAGACAAUGACAAACUGGUUCCCAGAGGGUUGAAGUCUGAAAACCACUGUUUUAGAACGUAACAAUAAGAAAAUAUGGGUUGUGUAUAAACAAAUGCUGUGCUUUUUAAGAACUGGAGGGAUUCAGUCUCUGUUUUUAGUUCGGGAAAUGGGUGAUGAAACAAAUGUUUCGGUUUUCCUAGUACACUACAUCCAUGUUAUGUGCUAAUAUUUUAAUACUUUUUUAUUUACAUCAGUUUGUUAUGCUAUAUGCCAUCUUGUGUGAGCAUUUGUUUUCAAUGUAGAAUUAUUUGCAUACAUAGUGUAUGCUUCAAACUUAAUCAGAUCAAACAGUUGUAUCCAGAGUUUGGUUCUGGUUUUCUUUCUUAAAAAAUAUUUCUUUAAUAUUGUACAAGGAGAAAAAAAAUAAAUAGAAAUGAAUUUAA